AGUCGGGGGGAGGUCCCCGCACUCCCCAAACCACCAUCUCCCCUUCUCUUCGCCCCCCAAAUUUUGGGGCUCUCCGGUGAUUUGGGGAUCUGGGGAGACGUCGUCUCCCUUCCUCCUUCAUUAGACUUUUUAUUUUUUUCCUCGGAAAUUGGAAUUAAAAGCAAACCCUUUGGGCGAAUCGAUUGCACUUUAAUUUUUCAUUUUUGCUCCAUCUCGUUUUUUCUUUUUCUUUUUUUCUUUUUCUUUCUUUUUUUUGCCUUUCCCCCCGGAGCUAGGGGGAGGGGUCCGCCAGCCCAAGUUUUCCCAAGUUCACCAAGCGUGGUGCUUGGAGAGGGAGAGCGGCGAACUUGAGCGCUUUGUCCUUAGUCCAGUCCCCGCCCCGGCCCCCUCAGCCGCCCCCACCCCCGAUAAAGGAACACAAAACAAAGUUACACUUUGAGUGGCCUCGGCUCUUUUUUUAGGCAGAUUUUUCCCCCCUUCCAGGCCCCCUCUGAGACUUCAGGCUCGCUCUCCCCAGUCUCACCUCCCUGCCUUCUCUGCAUCUGGGGAGUGAGUAGGGGACCUCACCGCGCAGCCCCGUUUCCGGCUCCAUCCUUUCCCUUCGCUCCCCUCCCCCACCGCCUCCCCUCCUCUCUCCCCUCCCUCCCAACCACUUUGAGCCAGCCAGCGAACCAACCAAAAAUAUGCUCUUUGAGGGGUUUGAUCUGGUCUCGGCUCUGGCCACCUUCGCCGCCUGCCUGGUCUCCGUGACUUUGCUCUUGGCGGUGUCCCAGCAGCUGUGGCAGCUGCGCUGGGCAGCCACCCGGGACAAGAGCUGCAAGCUGCCCAUCCCCAAGGGCUCCAUGGGCUUCCCCCUGAUCGGCGAGACGGGUCACUGGCUGCUCCAGGGCUCCUGCUUCCAGUCGUCCCGGAGGGAGAAGUACGGCAACGUGUUCAAGACCCACUUGUUGGGGCGGCCCCUGAUCCGAGUGACUGGCGCGGAGAACGUGCGCAAGAUCCUUAUGGGCGAGCACCACCUGGUGAGCACCGAGUGGCCGCGAAGCACCCGCAUGCUCCUGGGCCCCAACUCGGUGGCCAACUCCAUCGGGGACAUCCACCGCAACAAGAGGAAGGUCUUCUCCAGGAUCUUCAGCCAUGAGGCCUUGGAGACGUACCUGCCCAAAAUCCAGCUGGUCAUCCAGGACACGCUGAGGGCCUGGAGCAGCAACCCCGACGCCAUCAACGUCUACCAGGAGGCCCAGAAGCUCACCUUCCGGAUGGCCAUCCGCGUCCUCCUGGGCUUCAGCAUCCCCGAGGAGGACCUCAGCCAACUCUUCGAGGUCUUCCAGCAGUUCGUAGAGAAUGUCUUCUCCCUGCCCGUCGACCUGCCCUUCAGCGGCUACCGCAGGGGCAUCCAGGCGCGCCAUACGCUGCAGAAGGGGCUGGAGAAGGCGAUCCGCGAGAAGCUGCAGAGCACCCAGGGCAAGGACUACUCGGACGCCCUGGACAUCCUCAUCGAGAGCAGCAAAGAGCAUGGCAAAGAGAUGACCAUGCAGGAACUGAAGGAUGGGACCCUGGAGCUGAUCUUUGCCGCCUACGCCACCACGGCCAGCGCCAGCACCUCCCUGAUCAUGCAGCUGCUGAAGCACCCGAACGUGCUGGAGAAACUGAGGGAGGAACUGCGUGCCAACGGCAUCCUGCACAAUGGCUGCGUGUGCGAGGGCUCCCUGCGGCUGGACACCCUCAUUGGACUGCACUACCUGGACUGCGUCAUCAAGGAGGUCAUGCGCCUCUUCACGCCCGUCUCUGGCGGCUAUCGCACCGUGCUGCAGACUUUCGAACUAGAUGGCUUCCAGAUCCCCAAGGGCUGGAGCGUGAUGUACAGCAUCCGGGACACGCACGACACGGCUCCCGUGUUCAAGGAUGUGGACGUGUUCGACCCCGAGCGCUUCAGCCAGGCCCGGAGCGAGGACAAGGACGGCCGCUUCCACUACCUGCCCUUCGGCGGGGGCGUCCGGACGUGCCUGGGCAAGCACCUGGCCAAGCUCUUCCUGAAGGUGCUGGCCGUGGAGCUGGCCAGCACCAGCCGCUUCGAGCUGGCCAGCCGGACAUUCCCGAGGAUCACGCUGGUGCCCGUCCUGCACCCCGUGGACGGCCUCAGCGUCAAGUUCUUCGGGCUGGACUCCAACCAGAACAAGAUUCUCACCGAGACCGAGGCCAUGCUGGGGGCCGCCGUCUAGCGGGCUCCCCGGCGGUGCCCCCUUCCCACGGCUGGGGGGAGCCGGAAGGGAGCGGGGAGGGGGCUAACGAGGAAAACCUGUGUCGGGCUGGGGGAGCCCCGGAGGCGAGGGGGAGGCCGGAGGGGGACCUCCUGUCCCGUGGCAGUGCCCAAAGGGUCAUCCGCACGGCGGAUGGGGGGCUGGGAAGGUCCGUCCCUUCGGUUCUCUGCCUCCCCUUUGCCCUCCGUAGCCCCCCGCAGCCCAGGCCCUCCUCCCUUCCUGCAUGGGCUGGAAUCCGGCCCAGCAGCAGCCCGCAUGCCCUUUACAGUGUUAACGUGUGGUGUGACAGUGUUCUGUGAUGUUGUACGUUGUCCCCGCCCCGCCCGGCGCCCCACUUGACUUCUGUUCCCCCACUCCGGGUCUGUAGUGCAGGGAAGGGAGCCCCCACUUAGCGCAUCCCCGGCCUCCACCCCAAUUCUCGGAAAACAAGACCUGCCCUCCCCCGCCACGUGCCACUGCUCAGGCCAGGCUUGGGGGUUCCCCCGCAGCAAGGCAUUCUGGGCGAUGGCCUGGAGGAGGUGAGCCCGUUGGGACGUCAGAAGUCACCCAUUGCUGCUAUCCUUCCUCCACGUGUUGCGCCCACCCCGCGCCCCAGCACCCACCCUUGAAGCCCAACAGCCUUGAGCCAGACCCCCUCCGCCCCCGCCCGCCCGCCCGCUCCUCUAUUUAUUGCUCGGCCCCCGAAGGCCUGGAGAGGUCCCGGCUGCCCCGGCCCUCUGCCUCCCUGCGGGAGAGGGAAGAGGAAGAAGCGGGGUCUCUCCUCGAUGCAGCCCUCGUCCCCCGAUCCACUCUCUGGCCCCCUCGCUGCGGAUGGAGGGCUGUGGCGGGUCAGCAAGCCUUUGGGGGCCUCCUGGGCCCCCCUUCUUCCCCUCCCUCCCAGUGACUCUGGGGGGGGCGGAUGGAGGGGGGACGUGGGAGGAGAGGAAGCCGAGGGUCUCUGGCUCUCCCUCGGGUCUCCCUGACUCCCCUGGCCCACUGGCCUCCACUCCAGGGGCCAGCAGAGAGGAAGGAAGGGCAGGACCGAGCCGCCCUUGGGAUGGGGCUCGAAGCCUUCCUGCCGGCGUAGAGAAGCAGGCCAGAGUCCUCCCUCCACACUGGGCAGGGGACCGCUAGGAAGCCUCCUCCAGAUGGCGAGAGCAGGCGGGAAGGGCCGGCCGGGUUUCCCUUCCCACCCCUGCGCCUGCCUCCUGGUCCAGCUCCUUUCCAUCCCAUCCCUGGUCGGGCGGGCUCCAUCAGCCCGGACUUGGGGGUGCCCCGGAGCCCUGGCGAGCCUGGAGAAGGGGUGGAGCCUUCCUCAAGGGCUUCGCCGGACGGACGGCUGGUCCGAGAGAAGGACGAGAUCUCUAAGCACCUAAACCAAGCUGGAAGAGAGAAGAAGCGCGCGGGCGAUCGGGAGCGCCCGCCUGCUAUGGGUUAGACCCGAUGUGCCCCGACGUCCAGACGCGCGUGUGUCUUUUAGCACUAGACUUAGAGGGGGGCUCUCUGUCGCACACGCCUGCAGUGGGUUUGCAGAACGAAGCACUUUUGAUGUGGGGGCCCUGGUGGUGCCGCCCCCCCGCCCCAUCCCAACCCUGCCCAAUUUGCUAUAAUAUUAUUUUAUACACACAAAAGAAACCAUUGUUUUGGUUGCAGAAAUGUUCUAAUUUGUUUUUGUCUGUCUAUAAACUAUUCUAAGUACUAUUUUUGUUAUAAUUCAAAAUAGAUAUUUAGUCUGAAGGGUUUUUGUGCUGUUAAAUAUUUGUUAUUUAGUAAACUCUGGCCCCGCGCCAUGAUUGUAAACGUGGUUCAGAAAUAUUAAUGUUGUUAGCGUGGUCUUGCCUUUAAUAUUGAGCAAAGAGCGCCCUUCCGUGGUUGCCUUUCGUGUCGUCUGUCAUGGAGCUGGCGCUGUGUGUGUGAGCGUGGUCUCUGUUGUGUGGUUUAAUAUGUAUAUAAUAUUUCGUGAGAUAUAUUCCCAGUGAAUGUUGUGUGACGUGAUCUCAAACAUAAUCCAUCCAUGUGGCUAUUUUAUAGACUUCCAUAAUAAAAAGAGGGGACUCUG